AUGCCCUGCUCUGAAGAGACACCCACCAUCUCCCCCAGCAAGUGGGCUCGGCCUGCGGAGGACGCCAUGCGGCUCUGCUUUGUCUGGCUCUCGGAGCCCGCCACCGCCCCGAGCAAGCGGUCCGUGCGGGCCAUGGGCUACGACCUGUACAAUGCCUAUGAUCACACAGUACCACCUAUGGAAAAAGCCCUUGUGAAAAUGGACAUUCAGAUAGCUCUUCCUUCUGGGUGCUAUGGAAGAGGAGCUCCCUGUUCUGGCUUGGCUGCAAAACACCUCAUAGAUGUAGGAGCUGGCAUCAUAGGUGAAGAUUAUAGAGGAAAUGUGGGUGUUCUACUAAAUUUUGGCAAAGAAGGGGCGCCUGGUUUGAGAAAAGGUGAUCGAAUUGCACUGCUCAUUUGUGAACGGAUUUUUUAUCCAGAAAUAGAGGAAGUUCAGGUUUUGGAUGACACUGAAAGGGGUUCAGGAGGUUUGGGUUCUACUGGGAAGAAUUAAAAUUUAUGCCAAGAAUAGAAAAUGAGAAAACAUACUUUUCUUAAAAAUAAAGUGUCUCUGCUUAAGCUGUUUUGGUGUUUUGUACUUCUGUAAACUUACUGGUGUUAGCUUCUAAAACUGAUUGUUUUAGGAUUAAAGAAAAGAUACCUCAGUUGGGGUCACAAAGGAACUUACUUCCUCAUGUUUUUAUAUAUUCGAAAGUAGUAUAAAUCAGUGUGGUGACCUAAUACAAAGUGUUUCCUUUUUUUAAUAGAAUGUAUAUCAAUUACAGAUCCAAAACUCCCUGUAUUAUUUAAUUCACUAAAUGCUGCCUCUCAACUUAUUAAAUUGCUUU